UGUGUAUUGUGGACUCAACUACUAUAUAACUGUACAGGCAAUCCGCAUGGAGUGUAACAGCUCCCAGAGCUCUGCUGUUACAAUUAAAACAGUGCCAUGUGCCCCACAGAAUGUUGAUGCUCAUGUGAACUGUGCUGCUGGACAUACGUCAGUCUCAUGGGAGUUAAGUGAAGGUGCAAUUUCAUACAUUGCGACUGCAGAAGGAAGCAAUGUCCAGCAAUGCAGCGCUAAUCAAACAAUGUGUGACAUCACUGACCUGAGCUGUGGAGAGACCUACACCAUCACAGUCCGUGCACACGAUGACUAUUGUGACUCUGCUGAAAGCCGUUCUGUUACAAUGAAAACAGUAUCGUGCAUCCCACAGAAUCUCAACACGCAGUUGGAUUGUAACACAAAUGAUGCUUCUGUUUCGUGGGCCGACACUAAAGGUGCAGUGUCAUACACUGCAACUGCAGAAGCAAGUGACGGACACACAGCAUCAUGUGAUACAGCCAGCAGACAGUGUCAAAUAACCAAUCUACACUGUGGGCAAAUGUACAAUGUAACUCUCACUGCACUGGAUGGUGUAUGUGACUCUUCAGCAAGCUCUGUAUUGAAAUUCAAUACUGCCCCAUGUGGACCUCAGAACAUUGACACCGAACUAAACUGUGAGACCAAGAAUACAAUGGUGAGCUGGGAGAAGCGUGAGGGUGCGCUGUGGUAUGUUCUAUUCGCAGAUGGAGAUGAUGGACAUGUAACACAGUGUAAUACAACAGAGACAAGCUGUGAAUUCAUGGAUCUGCACUGCAGUCAAAUGUACUUGAUCACUGUCACAGCCAUGGAUGGUUCUUGUCAGAGUGUAAACACUUCCAUCAUUGAAACUGAAACAGCACCUUGCCCCCCUCAGAAUGUACAAGCUGAUAUUGAUGCUGUCACAGCCUCUGUAACAUGGGAACCGAGUAAUCUCACAGUCUCGUACACUGCAACAGCAGAGGGGAGUGAUGGACACACAGCCACCUGCAGUACAUCUGAAACAAACUGUGUCAUCCCAGAUCUCCACUGCAGCCAAAUGUAUAACAUCUCUGUUCUUGCAUUUGGUGAAAACUGUAGCAGUAUUCAAAGCUCCAGUUAUGCAAUUUGGACAGCUCCAUGUGCCCCUGAUGAAGUCAUUGUGAAUGUGGACUGUAAUUCUAAUAGAGCAGUGGUAUCAUGGGGUCGGACUGAUGGAGCAGUCUCUUACGAGGUAACUGCAGAAGGCAGUGAUGGACAUAAUCACUCAUACAACACAACAGAGACACGCUAUGAAAUUCUGGAUUUACACUGUGGACAGUCCUAUAACAUAACUGUAACCACAUUGAGUUACAGUCGGAAUGGCUUUUCAAGUACUUCGGUACAAACCCAAACUGCACCGUGUAUUCCUGAGAAUCUAAAAGCUGAGCUGAAUUGUGAUUCAAAUGCUGUGUCCUUCUCAUGGGUUGAUGCAGAGGGAGCAAAGUUUUACAUUGUGACUGCUCAAGACAGUCAAAGGGUCACCACUUUACUCAACACCAGUGAUACAAAGGCUCAAAUCCCAAACCUGCAGUGUGGUGAAUAUUACACAAUCUCUGUUCUAGCAGUGGACAACUUCUGCAAAAGCCCCCGGAGUGCAGUGGCAAAUGUACAUGCAGCACCAUGCACUUCAGAGAUAAUUUCUGCCUAUGUGGACUGUGAUGCUAAUACUGCAAUGGUAUCAUGGGAACUGAACAAUGGGAGCAAUUUCUAUAUUGCAACUGCAGCGGGAAUUGAGGGAGAUACACAUUCAUGCAGUGCAAGAGAUGAAACCUGUGAAAUCUUUGACUUGCAAUGUGGGCAGUUGUACAACCUAACAGUAGUGGCCGUUAAUGAGAUGUGUAACAGUUCUGAAAGUUCAGCAAAGUACUUGCAAGCAGUACCAUGUCCUCCAGAAUAUCUUGAGGCCAGUGUGGACUGUGCAAAUGACUCAAUGUUACUAUCAUGGGGUCAUAGUGAUACCGCAAUAUCAUACAUGGCAUUUGUAAAUGCCAGUGAUGAAGAUCUACUUUAUUGUGACACAACAAACACAAGCUGUUACAUUCAAAACCUGAGGUGUGCCACCAAGUAUAACAUAUCUGUUUAUGCUUUUGAUGGAAUUUGCACAAGUAUGCUGAAUUCUUCUUAUGAAGUUGGUACAGUCCCAUGCAUACCAGAAGGCAUUCAAGUUAUACUAAGCCCGGCCAGUAAUGGUGUGCAAGACAUAGACGUCUCCUGGAAAAUCAGUCACUGUGCUGAAGAGUAUCAAGUAGAUGUAGAGGGACAAAUUGAAGGAGAUCCAUUUUCUUUAUAUAGCUUACGUUCAUAUUGGACAGCAAGAACUUUCUUCCAAUUCCCAAUUCCUUGCAGUUCCACAUACAAUAUUUCUGUCACUGCAAGAAAUCCCACAGGAAUCAGCAGUCCAAGCAAUCCUUUAACUGGUUAUACUGUUCCUUGCUCUCCAAGCAACCUUACUACUUCUCUGGAAAAUGACACACUAAACAUCUCGUGGACAGAGUCAGUUAAUGCUACAAAAUAUAUUGUGUAUGCAGUUUCUAAUUCAGAAAGGAGUGAGCUAUGUAGAACAACGUCACUCUUUUGUAAAACUCCAAAUGUCCAGAAAGAUACAAUUGAAAUUGUUGCUUUAAAUUCUGCUGGUGAAAGUGAAACCCUCGAAGUUAGUUUCUUGCAAGCAAAAAUGAAAACAGAUUCCCCCAAUGAUCCUUUCCCUCCAACAUUUGUACAAGAUUCUUCUUCCCCUCCAGAAGUAUUUUAUUAGAACUGAUACUCAGCACAAGCAAAAUAGCUCCCAGAAGAGGGUGUGAAGCAUUUUAUAGACAUAACUAAGAACAUGCAACAGAUCUAGGUUGAAUUCGUUACAAUGAUUACAUCUAUUUAUCUGGUCUUUCAUUUGAAACACUAUUCUUAUAGUGUCUGCAAAAACAAAAGAAUUCCAUUAAAUGUAAGAAACACUUUUUUUUAACAUGAUAAGUGGAAAUGUUGAAUUCUGAUCUUACAUUUUUGAUGAAAAUCUCAUCACAUAUUGCUUAGCUACAGUAAAUUAUCUGUCUGUCACAAUGAUCAUUUACUAGCCAAGUCUAGUAAAUGUAGUUAUAUAGAAUACUAUAAAAAAUUUUAACAUGCUUGAUUGUUUGUCUCUUGGAGGCAUGAUAAUAGUUUCCUUGUGAAAGACAUGCUAUUGAAAAUUGCAAGUGCUCAGUAGACAUUCUAUUACAUUUUCUAUACAUAUUUCUAAUAUAUUUUAUUUUGUGAUGUUUCUGUCAUGAUUACUGUUUUAUACCUAUGUGAUAUAAGAUUAAGCAAAUAGAAUGAUUUUCUUUGAACUUUUGGGAUACAA